UAUUGCUUAAUUUGAUGAGAAAUUGAGAAGGAAAGGUUUAAGGCACUUGGUAAAUCAUCAUAAUCGUAUUUGAGCAAAGAAGCAAAUUCAGCGUGUUUGCGAUGUGGAGUUCGAGCAGAGUCUCCGAGCCGAAGAGGAGAAGCAGAGUGAAUCUUGUUCCUUCUCAACUUCUCUCUUCAAUUUCUCUUCUGGCAACCCUAGAAUCGAAGAAACUCGCGGCCUCAUGCACGUCUUCCCCGAAGACACUCCUUCUUCUCUUUUUCAACAGUUAGACGCAAAGAUACCAAAGUAACGACCUCCUCCGCCUCCCUCAAGCAGAGAGACAGUGAGCGAGUGAGUGAGUGAAAGACGAAACAAUGCGUUGGCCAUUUCCUCUUACAUCUUCAUCAACUCGUCUCCUUCGAUUUCGCUUCAUACCCUUCCAAUCCCAUUCCUCUCAUCACAACAAUUUCUCCACACAUAACCCAAUUUCCGUUCCAAUUACAAACCCCGUUCUCGAUCAAACAACCGUUCGCGAAACCCUAACCUCCUUCAACAACGACUGGAAACGCGCACUCGAGUUCUUCAACUGGGUACAAACCGAAUUCAACUUCCCACACUCCACCGAAACCUAUAACCUAAUCCUCGACAUCUUAGGUAAAUUCUUCGAGUUCCAACAAUGUUGGAAUCUAAUCCACCGUAUGCAAAGCAACCCUAAUUCUUUCCCCAACCACACCACUUUCCGUGUCAUGUUCAAACGUUACAUCUCUGCUCACUGCAUCGACGACGCCGUUCAAGCAUUCCAACGUUUAAAUGAGUUCAAUUUGAAAGACGAAACCUCUUUUUCGAAUCUCAUCGACGCUCUGUGUGAUCAUAAACACGUUCUCGAAGCUCAAGAUUUGGUUUUCGGAACCCAAAAGACUCUAACUUUAUCUUGGAAAAUUGACGGGUUUGUUGUUAGUAGUAAUAAUACUAAGAUUUAUAAUAUUGUUCUUCGUGGUUGGUAUAAGUUGGGUUGGUGGAGUAAGUGUUGGGAGUUUUGGGAUGAAAUGGAUAGAAUAGGUGUUCAAAAGGAUCUACAUUCUUAUUCCAUUUACAUGGAUAUUUUGUCUAAAGGUGGAAAACCAUGGAAAGCUGUGAAAUUGUUUAAGGAGAUGAAGAGAAAAGGUAUUAAAUUAGAUGUUGUUGUUUAUAACAUUGUGAUUAGAGCUAUUGCUGUUUCACAAGGUGUUGAUUUUUCGAUUAGGUUAUUUCGUGAAAUGAAGGAUUUGGGUUUUAAUCCUACUGUUGUUACUUAUAAUACUAUUAUUAGGCUUUUGUGUGAUAGUUAUAGAUAUAAGGAAGCUCUUGCUUUGCUUAGAACUAUGCAUCAUAAUGGUUGUUUUCCGAAUGCUGUUUCAUAUCAAUGCUUUUUUUCUUGUCUUGAGAAGCCGAAACUUAUAGUUGACUUGUUUGAUGGUAUGAUUGAAAGUGGUGUUCGUCCCACAAUGGAUACCUAUGUUAUGCUCCUUAAGAAGUUUUCAAGGUGGGGAUUUCUUCGAUUGGUGUUUCUUGUUUGGUUUAGAAUGGAACAACUGUGUGUAUUGAUUGAUUUCAAAUUUUCAUAAAUUAUGGCUUCUAACUACACAA